AUGCACAAGAUCAGCAACUUCACCGGCCAGGCCCGUCAUGGCUGGGAACGGAUGACUCCAGCAGCGUUUGGAAUGUCGAGAUUCAAUCAAGAUAUGUCCACGCCGCAACCAUUGAGACGUCCUCAGGGCUCUCCCGGAGUCGGACCCCCAUCCUCUGCCGAUGCUACACCUGUCAACCUUUCUUUCAAUGUGCCCUUCGCCUCCAAUCUUGCCGGUCCCGAUCCUGAAGACGUCCUACACUCGAGUCCUGGUGCCUUCCAACGAUGGACCUUCCCGCCAGGGACCGAAGACGGAACGGCUAUUCACAAGCUCGCCGUCCACGUCCAGAACGAGGAACGACUCCGGUCCCUAUGCUCGUACAUUAGUGAUCAGAGUGCUGGCCACAUUCAAGCAACUGUCACCUCCUCAGAACCCAAGGCAGGGCCUGUGCUUCAUAGAAAAUCUCAAGGACUGGUAACCAAUGUCUGUAUCUCCGGCGAUGGUGAUCUGGUUUACAAGAUGCGAGCCAAAGUCCUGAAUGAGACGCCGAUAAUGAUGCGGUCUGCUAUUGUGGACAUUGAUCCAGACUUGAUACUCGACGGUGCUGAAACGGGCAUUCGAUCGAGUGUUCUCAGCCAUAUUGAUCUGUGUGCGAAGUACACGGGUACAGACAUCUUCCUUCUCAAGCCCCGUAACGCCGAACCUCUGUCCAGUGGCGCUUCCUAUGGCAGCGCCAUAGAUAGUGGUCUUGACCAACGUUUCCGUGUCAACAUAUUUGGAGAUAUGGAAAGUGUUGAACAUGCUAAAACCCGGGCUUUGAUGAUGAUCGAUCAAAUUCUCAAGCACAAGAUCGACGUGAUAAAGCUAGAGGUGACAAUGCAUACCUUGGUCUCUGGUCGUACUGGAAAGAACAUCAAGCAGAUCGAAUCAGCGACAAAGACCGCCAUCUACUUCCCACCUCCUUUUCCGGGGGUGUUUGGUUAUGUGCCUCCACACGCGACCCGCCGGGCGGCGGACGAAAUCUUCAUCACCGGUGAAACACAAGAGCGUAUUAAUCAAGCCAAGCAGAGGCUGAAAGAGUUGGUCAUGGGCAUAAAGCUAUACUCAAAAGACGCUGUGGUCUCGGCAAGCAAAAUCGACAACAUCCUUUUCGAUCGAUUGGAUAAGGUUCAGAGAAUCAUGGAGACAAAUGGUUCUCAUGUUCUCUUCCCUCAGCUUGGCAGCCAGCGAGGCCUUAUUCGCGUUCAAGGCACCGAGGUUCUUCAUGUUGAGCGGACCGUGAAGGAGAUCAUGGCUCUAGCAGGGCAAUUCUUCAGUGCUUCAUGGUGGAUCAUGACUCCGGACCCGUCCCAAGGUGCUUCCUUCCGAGGACCUUCGCCUGAUGAAAUUCGAGUUAUGCUUAGCGACAUCUGUACCAACUCCGGUGCUGAUUUAAGCUUCGAGAAAUUCACUUUUACUCUCAAUGGAUCCGACGAUGCUGUCAAAGCCGCAAUGAUGGUCAUCAAUCAAAUUCCCUUUGUCAAACAAUCGCCAUACCAAAUGCGUGUGAAAAUUGAACUUGCUAAUGAACACAAAGAGUUCGUCAGCGGCAAGAAGAACGGCAAGAUCAACAAGAUCAUGGGUCAAAGCAAUGUCCAGAUCAUCUUCGAUGGUUUCAACGAAUACAACUUUUACAUUGACGUGGUAGGCAGCCAAUAUGAAGCCACAAAGAAUGGCCUUGAUCUGGUCGAGCAGGAAAUGCCAGCCUCAAUUUCAUUUCACGUCCCUGAUCAAUACCACAAACGUAUCAUUGGGAUUGGUGGCCAGCAUAUUCAACGUAUCAUGAAGAAAUACUCAGUCUUUGUGAAAUUCUCCAAUGCAAUGGAUCGAGGUGGUAUGGGCAAGGAAGAUGAUGAUAUCAAGGUUGAUAAUGUCAUUUGCCGAACGCCUGCCCGUAAUGCACAAAGCUUGGACCUGGUUAAGCAAGAGAUUAUGGAUAUGGUGGAGAAAGUCGACGCCGAGUUUGUUUCCGAGACCGUCGUCAUUAAUAGACUGUACCAUCGUGAAUUGAUCGCUAGAUUGUCCGAAAUCGAGGAUCUAGAGAAGCAGUGGAACUGCAAGAUCGACUUUCCGAAUACUGAACAAGCGAGUGACGUUGUCAGCAUUUCCGGACCAGAAUACCAAGUUCCUCAGGCCGUUGACGCUUUCUUGGGAAUGGUGCCUGAAAGCCAUGAGAUUGCUUUCCAGAAAUCAACAGACUUGGAGACCUUUUUCACCGCCCCCGAAUUCUUCAAUGACUUGCGGCAGAAGCUGAGAAGCCAGUACGAGGUGGACGUUCACGCCAAUCCUCAACUGAGUAGCUUGCCCAAAUCUGCCACAGCUUCAGUGGAGCGCAUUGUGGGGCCUUCAGAAGGACGACUGGUUCUUACUUACACGCGGAACAACGCAGGUGGACUCAAGGACGCCAUUGAUUAUCUCAUUUCACAGCUCGUUCCACAUGGACUUGAUGCCACAACUGUCAAGGGAGCAAUACCGCGGCCGAAGUCGGAUUCGUUCGAGGAUUCGCUGCCAUUUUUUGACUCCAAGCUGUUGCAGAAUGCGCCUUCACUACACUCGGAUUCACCAACACGGGCCAACUUUACGGACGGAGAUACUCCCGUCUCUGAACGAGCGUCUCUGUUCGAUAGACUGCGCAAGCCGGGGAGCAUGUCGUCCUUUUCGUCCUUCAUGAGUCGCAAGAACCAGAACAACUCUCCAGGAACGUUUUUCAAGCACGCUUCGUCAAAUGCUAGUAAAGCGUCCCUUAUCUCUAUGGAGAGUCGCGAGAGUGGCUACCGCAAUUUCUGGAAUGACAGUGGUGUCAACCUUCCCGAAGAAGAGGUUGCACCCUCCUCAGCUAGUGGUGGCUGGCCAUCACGAUUCGAAAAGUUCCCUUUUGGCACAAACAGUAUCAGUCUGUCUGGGGAUAGAACACCCAAACACGAACCCAGGGCAAGUUUCGACUCCGGACGUCCACCCACCUCGCAUUCUUUCUCUUCCUAUCCGGCUCCAAUUGGGCCACACCACCAUAACCAGAUCCAUAACAACGGCAAUGGAUCUGCCAACAAUUUGAACCUUUCCUUACGCUAG